UCCGGGUUUGUGGAGUCAGAGAACUACAUUUCCCAUGAGUCUGAAAUCUCGCGAACGGAAUCCCGGAGGGCCUUGUUGUCGCGUAGUAACGCGAGAGCAGCUCAUUGCUCGCUAGGCAAAGCUGUCAGUGAGUGUUUGAGAAGGGGGUUAAGAAUUACCCAAAUCGUUCUCUGUCGAUAUUGUGAAACUGCGUAAAUGUUACGACCUGUGCUCUCGUAGAGGUGUUUGUACAGCCAGGGGAAGCAUAAUAACGCUUUAAUAAACCGAACUGCGGCGGAGAAACCGAGUGUUAUCCAGCUAGCUAACAUUAAUAAUAAUAAAAAAAACCCAGGCAAAUGGCGUUGAAAAGGAUCCAGAAGGAGCUGACGGAUCUACAGAGGGAUCCUCCAGCCCAGUGUUCAGCCGGACCAGUGGGAGAAGACUUGUUUCACUGGCAGGCUACGAUAAUGGGGCCGAAUGACAGUCCUUACCAAGGCGGCGUCUUCUUCCUCACCAUCCACUUCCCUACAGACUACCCCUUUAAACCUCCCAAGGUCGCGUUCACGACGAAAAUCUACCAUCCCAACAUCAACAGUAACGGCAGCAUCUGCCUCGACAUCCUGCGCUCGCAGUGGUCUCCUGCACUCACCGUAUCGAAAGUCCUGCUCUCCAUCUGUUCCCUGUUAUGUGACCCGAACCCUGAUGACCCUCUAGUGCCCGAGAUCGCGCACACGUACAAAGCCGACAGAGAAAAGUACAACAGACUAGCGAGAGAAUGGACGCAAAAGUACGCCAUGUGAGAGGAGCGCGUACGUCCGCACAGACACGGCACAGCGAGCGAACGCACAGAGGAACCUGUUUUAACUUUUUUAAACACGAGGAGUAUGAGCGAGCGAGCGAGCGAGUGAGUGAGUGUGAGAGAGAGAGAGAGAUAUGGAUCGACACCGACGCUUUGGGAGAGAGGAAGCAGAAAGACGCGAGAACACCACCGCACGCCAGCUGUGCGCCGUUAUCUCAGAGCCGCGCCCGGAAAUACGCGCAGCCCGGAAAACGCUCGGGACGACCACAAACCCGGGACUUUUCUGACCGUUGCUUUGGUGACAUAUUGUUUCUCAGUGUCUUCUGUCGCUGAACACCGGAGAUGCAGGCGAAAGACUUCGCUCACCUACGCACCGUCUCCGGGGCGUUUUCUGUACAUAUCGCACGUGUGUGUGUGUGUGUGUGUGUGUGUGUGUGUUUUAUUUUUAUUUUGUUCUUAACAGUUUACACUCAGGGGCCCGGUACGCUUCAUAACCCGUUACAGUAUUAACAACACGACGGUUCCUCUUCUUUAUUAAGCGAGAUUUUGUUUAUCGAAUGUUUUUAAAAAUAAAUAAUAAAGCAGUACGUCUGUAUUAGAGAACCCAG